AUGUUAACUUAUUUGAAUAAAAAUAAAUGUUCAUAUUAUGAAUUUACUUUAUUAAAUAGAAUGUCAUAUACACAUAUUUUUACAAAUAUGUUUUUACAUUUCAGUGAAGGUGGGUUUUUCAAAGCACACUUACAAUUUCCAAAAGAAUAUCCACUUAGGCCACCAAGAAUGAAAUUCAUAACAGAAAUAUGGCAUCCAAACAUCGAAAAGAAUGGUAAUGUAUGCAUAUCGAUUUUGCAUGAACCUGGAGAUGAUAAGUGGGGCUAUGAAAAAGCAUCAGAACGGUGGUUACCAGUUCACACAGUUGAGACUAUUCUCAUAAGUGUUAUUAGUAUGCUUGCAGAUCCUAAUGAUGAAAGUCCUGCUAAUGUGGAUGCUGCCGUGAGUAAUGUUUUAUAUUGUACUAAUUCAAAUUAUUAUUAUGUUUUUAAUAAUUUUUACUGUUAAUUGGAACCUUGUAGAAAGAGUGGAGAGAAAGUUAUGCAGAAUUUAAGAGAAAGGUGGCGAGGUGUGUCAGAAAAAGCCAAGAGGAGUGUUUGUAGGAGAUGAACAAUUAUUCAAAUGGAAAGACUUAUUUAAUUCUGGUGAGUUUUUGCAAAAUGUUAUUAAAUAAAAUAACAGACGAUAAAUAUAUUUGAAUAAAUUUUUUUUUCUUACCUCUCUAUUAGGGAAGCCGUAAGCACUGUAAGAAAGAAACCGAUGCUCAGCAUUAAGCUAAUGGAAAACAGUGCCACUAAAAACGGAUAUAGCCUGACCCAUUCUUAA